CCCUGGAGCAGACUUCCCGCUCGGCAGACACCCGGGGGAGAGGCAGCAGCGGGGAUCCCAGAGCCAUGGGGUGCACGCGCGAUGCCAUCCUAGACGCGCUGGAGAGCCUGACCGCCGACGAGCUCAAGAAGUUCAAGAUGAAGCUGCUCUCGGUGCCGCUGCGCGACGGCUAUGGGCGCAUCCCGCGGGGAACACUUCUGCCCAUGGAUGCCAUGGACCUCACCGACAAGCUGGUCAGCUACUAUCUGGAGCCAUAUGGCGCCGAGCUCACGGCGCUCGUGCUCCGUGACAUGGGCAUGCAGGAGGUGGCAGAGCAGCUGCAGGAGACCAUGCGCAAGGCCCCAGAAGCAAAGCCAGCUGGGAUCAAGGCCCCUCCCCAGGCAGCAGCCAAGCCAGCACCGCACUUUGUGGACCAGCAUCGGGCGGCCCUCAUCGCACGGGUCACAGACGUGGAUGGGGUGCUGGAUUCCCUGUAUGGGAAGGUCCUGACAGAAGAUCAGUACCAGGCAGUGCGGGCAGAGCACACCAACCCAACCAAGAUGAGGAAGCUCUUCAGCUUUGCUCCAGCCUGGAACACGACCUGCAAGGAUCUACUCCUUCAGAGCCUAAGGGACACCCAGCCCUACCUGGUGGAUGACCUGGAGCGGAGCUGAGCAUCUUCCCCAGCAGCAGCCCUACAUAUGACCCUUCACUGUUCCAUCCAACUUACCUGGAAUCUAUUUUUUUUAUAUCUACAAUAUAUAAAAAAUCAGCUCGUACUUGUGUUUUCCUACUUCCAGCCUGAAAGCACACGCAGAGCUAAGCUACAUAUCUAGAUGCCACCAGGGCUCAGGUGACCCUCUACUUCACUGCCCGUUCUCCUGGUGCAGCAGGCUCCACACUUCAUCCUUCCUGCCCCAGUCACCAUACAAUGGCUCCUCCAAAUGCUACCCCCAAGGGUCUGCCCUUGAGACAAUAGUUAGCCCUGUGGCCAAGGUCUAAAGUUUAAAACAAAGGUAUGUACAAAGGAUCUGGGACUGUGGAGGGCCAGGUUUCUCAAAUGCAUUUAGAAACAGACUCAGCUACAUUGCUUCUCUUUCAUUUUCCAAGGGAAAAAACAAUUGUAAAAUUAGAGCAACUUUCAGGGGAAGAGACAAGAGUAUCAUGUAUACACAGGACAAAAGAGCACAGGCCACCAAGUGUCACUCUGUAUGGCCUCUUCCAGCACGGACACUAGCAGGCUUCACUGCUCCCUCUGCUCCCUCCCACUUGCUGAAAGGGGUUUAUUUUGCUCAGAAAACAUGCCAAUCAUAAAAGCAAAAUUUUAGGAAAUGA